CCCGCUCGCCAUUAUAUCCGUCAUUACUUGCCGUUGCCUUAUCUUAUCCUCCUCCCUCUCCUUCUCACCGGUUUUCUUCCGAAACCGAAAAGAAAGAAAGAGGUGAAGGCGAGAGGAAAGGAAAAGAAAAAAAGAAUGGCGGCGACGCUCUCCACUGCCCUCUCUCUCCUCUCCCCUUGCUCCGCCCCCUCCUCCGCCUCCCCCCUCUCCGCCCCGUCCCAAACCCUAAAAUUUCCCUUCCAACCCCUCGCCACCGCCCCCUCCCGCCGCGCCGCCUUCCUCCCCACCGCCGCCGCCGCCGCCGCCGUCUCCCCCAAGAUCGAGGAGCUUGGCGCCCAGAUCGAGAAGCUCACCCUCGAGGAGGCCCGCGGCCUCGUCGAUUUCCUACAGGAGCGCCUCGGCGUCUCCGCCGCCGCCUUCGCCCCCGCCGCCGUCGCCGUCGCAGCCCCCGGAGCUCCCGCCGACGCUGCUGCGGGGGCCCCCGCAGCCGUCGAGGAGAAGACCGAGUUCGACGUGGUGAUCGAGGACGUUCCCAGCAACGCCCGGAUUGCGACGAUUAAAGUUAUUCGAGGUCUGACGAACCUGGCGCUCAAGGAGGCCAAAGAUUUGAUCGAGGGCUUGCCGAAGAAGUGCAGGGAGGCGGUGACGAAGGAGGACGCCGAGGAGGCUAAGAAGCAGCUCGAGGAGGUCGGAGCGAAGGUCUCCAUCGUUUAAAUUCCCUUUGGGUUGGUGAGAGAUGGAGGGAGAAUUACAAGAAUCCAACGUCUAGGGGCGAUGGUAUUCUGCUGCGGGACACAGGAGAGAAUGAAUGGUGGAUCGUCCCCCCAACCCCUUGUGAAGCAAAGAUUAUAAAGGCAUCUCGUUCGUUGAAUGUCUGAACUCGGUUGGUCAUUCUCUCUCCCCCUUCUCCCUCUUGCUGAUCUCAGCCGGCAACCGCACCUUUCCCAGAUGCUGCCGUUGCUCUCGGCCAAUCGGGAGCCCUCCACUUCACCAUUCCCCACCAAUACAUGAAAAAAUUGUACCCUACACUGCAUGCGAGAUGAGUUGAACUAACACAUAAUAAACAGUCAUAUAAUUAUAAAUACCGUGACUAGAAUAUUUAUAGUAUAAUUGUCAGGAAGGAACUUAUGGUCCAUUUUUAUGCAGAUAAAAUAAAGUCGGCAAUCUGCCGGCUUCUUUGUAAAA